AUGCCCCCUCCUUUAAACUCUAAUAUCCUCUACGUGGGCAAUAUACCUUAUGAUUGGGACGAGAGUACAGUUGAGUCUGUUGUUUGUGGAUCAGGAAAUAUUGUAGAUGUUCGAUUAGGUUUCGACCAUGUUGGAAAAAACAAAGGUUUCUGUUUUGUCGAAUACAAAACAGUACAAGAUGCACAAAGGGCUCUACCACUAUUACAGCAAGUUGUGAUAUAUCAAAAUGGACGAAACAAGAAGCUAAGGGUAGAGUUGUCGAAAGAAGGAUACAAGGCCCAAAAAAUAAAACCCGAUACAAGAACAAUUAUGCAACUAAACCGUUCUAGAUUGCCAGCCAAUGUGAGGUUGCCUAACGAGAUGAUAGCAAAUAUCCCCUACGUAAGUCAAGUUCCAGUCUUGCCGUCCAGCGGAUUCAGAAGCGGCAAUAUGCCAUUCCCAAUUCCACAGAUGCCACUACCACCACCGGCUCCCCCUAUAGUUGUUGGUGGUCCAAUUCAACAAAUCCCAUCAAGGCUUUUACAGGCAUCGAAGUUUUUACCAUUUGCACCAAAUUUUAAACUAGAAACUGCAAAUAACAUAAAUGUAUUGCUAAGUAAAAUCCCUCCUCCACAGUUCAUUGAGUUACUUUCUCAAAUGAAAUCUUUGCUGCAAACGGACCCGACAAUGGUUCGUAAUUUUUUUCAAAGCCAACCAGAAAUAUCCUUGAGUGUUGCUCAAGCAUUACUAUUAAUGGGGUUCAUAGAUAAUGGUGUUAUUGAAGAGUCUCUGAAAUCUAUAUCAUCUACACCUCAGGUUCAAACCGUACAACCAGGAAUUCAAUCCACAUUUUACAUGGGCGGUCAAAUAGGAGGAUACAAUAACAAUAUGUACAUAAAUAAUGGCCAAAAUUUUCAACCGCAGCAGCAACAACAAGCUAUACCUGGCUCCAACUGGCCAUAUUUACCACCUCAUGUUCAACAGAAGCUUGUCAAUAUGCCACCAGAUCAAGCACAUUUGGCUGCACAAAUAUUGUCGUUGCCACCGGAUAGUUUACAGCAAUUACCGCCACAUGAAAGACAGAUAGUCGACGCAUUACGAGCCCAGUAUUUGUCAUGA